GUCAGAAAGAAAGAGCUGGGGAGCAGAGAGCAGAGCACAGAGAGACACUAACAGAGGAGAGGACACAACAGAGAUGACUUCGACGGACAAAGCCAAGCCUCGGCCACCCUGUCACCGGAACUGCAGUCGUGUCGCAGCGGACAUCAAAAGGUGUGCAUCAGAAUAAAUGCUGUGAGAUCUGGAUGAGAGAAGUAGGAAUAUACACUCCUGCAGAGAGGUUUGCACUGGUCAGUCCAAGGGUCAACAACACUACAACGAACCAGAACUUUCUUAGCCUAGAGACAAACUGACCAUGAUUUAACUUAACCUUUGGAUUAAACAGAAAUCAUAUUCUUUUUAUCUUAUUGUUGCAUCAGCCCACACAUAGAUAACCCCUGAGGGCAUAAUAUAGAAAGCUGCAGAUUGUUUGUUCCCAUGGCGAGCGUUUGGAUUUCUCAUCUGGGAAUCACCUGCACCUCCAAGACUUUGCUUUUGCUGUUUUCCUUCCUGCUGCUCCAGCAGCCUUUCUCUGGACAGAGCAGCCCGAUCAUCAGCACCCCUCAGAGGCAUCGCCCCGCUCCGGGGCUGGGAGACGGGCAUGGAGGGGUGGUGGAUCCAUCAUUGCUGGAGCAAGACAACAACAUAAGCAUGCAGAACCUGCUGGAGAACCUGAAGGAACAGUUCCUGCGGACUUUCAACCUGUCUGGCUUGGGUCCUCCUUCCCUACCUGCUGGAAGCACUCGAGAAGAGCCACCUGAGUACAUGAUGGAACUCUACAACCGUUUUGCUAAUGACCACACUGCCAUGCCCACUGCCAACAUCAUCCGCAGCUUCAAAAAUGAAGAUUCAUCUCCCAGUGUUGUGGGCAUUGGAGUGAGGCGUCAUUCACUCCUCUUCAAUGUGUCAGUCCCACAUCAUGAACACAUCACAGCAGCUGAGCUUCGCCUCUACACCCUUGUCCAGACUGACCGCCACCUCUACGCUGGUGUUGACCGCAAAGUGACUAUCUAUGAACUGGAAUCGCAUGACAAAGAUGACAAUGUAACUGACGAGGACACUGUGAAAAGUGACAGAUUCAGAGAGGGAGACGAGCGGAUAGAGCUGGUGGAGUUGGCUUCACGCCAGGUCUAUGGCACCGAUAAUGGCUGGGAGGCCUUUGACCUCACUACUGCUGUUCAACGCUGGUGCAAAUCUGACACUGGCCUUACGCACCAGUUGGAAGUGCACAUUGCCAGCAUGGUUAAUGAAGAUGCUGUUCAAGAUAUGGCAGUGGACAACAAAGACAGGGGUCCUCCCGAAGGGGACAUGAAGAUUGACACUAAUCCUGAGGAAAAACACAAGCCGUUGCUGAUUGUUUUUUCUGAUGACCAAAGUAGUGAUCACCGUGAUGAUAAGCGCGAGCUGAAUGAGAUGAUUGAUCAUGAAACAUCGAACAUGGUUCUCCAGAACGACUUGGGAACGGGCCUGGAUGAGCUGUGGGGGAAGACAGGGAGAGGCAGGGAUGAAGAGGCUGAGCCAGAUGAAGAGGACCUCAUCCAAAUGCGCUCUAACAUGAUCUAUGACACAGCAUCCCGCAUUCGUCGCAAUGCCAAGGGAAACCACUGCAAGAAACAAUCUCUAUAUGUAGAGUUCAAAGAUAUAGGAUGGGACAGUUGGAUUCUCGCCCCCAGUGGUUACGAUGCUUUUGAAUGCACUGGCAUUUGUUCAUUCCCGCUGACGAAGCAUGUCACUCCCACCAAGCAUGCCAUUGUCCAGACACUAGUCAACAUUAACAGUCCUCAGAAGGCGGCACGAGCUUGCUGCGUGCCCACCAAGCUAGACCCCAUCUCCUUGUUGUACCUGGAUGAUACAGGUGUGGUCACAUACAAGUACAAGUUUGAAGGCAUGGUGGUGGCUGAGUGUGGUUGCAGAUAGUCCAUGCUCAGAGAUUUUAACUCUUCGUACAGUCUUAUAGUAAGAGGAAAGACACAGAACUGACAAUAAGCUGAAAAAAGGAGAAAAGCCAGAAGUGUCAAUAAGACAAUUGUUGGAAUCUCUAUAAGGGUUACUCAGUGAGAUAGGAAGGAAUGCUUCACUAUUCAUGAAACUAUGAGUGUUCUAAAUGAAUGAGUGUGGACAAAUCUAUCUUUUAAACUGCAAAACAGAAAAUUUACUUCAUCUUACAUGGCCAGAGGUAUGAAUAUCACUUGCCUUUCAUCAGACAGUGAGAGACAGUGUGCCACAGAUCUACAUUCAACAUGUUGACAGUAGUUAUGGCGAGGUGUGUCUUCAUGCUCACAAGAGGCACAAGAUCUCCCAAAGGACGGAGCUGAGCACAUCCUACAGUGCAUGUAGCCUGGUGGGAACUAGUGGGCCAGUUGCUCCCCCUCCUCCUUCCCCAUGACAUCUGUCUUCCUCUCCACUUAUCUGACCUCCCUGCUUGAUGCAAACACUAAUCAGCACUUCAUGAGUCCUGUGCAGUGAAAUCAGUGAAAUGACCUGCCUGAGGCAACCUGACAAGACAUGAACUCUCCAGGCCCACCUCCUGCCUCCUGCAGUCUCCUGAUACGUAGGCGCUGUGCAGGGGUCCUUUGUGGCAGGGUUAUCUUUCGCAACCCUGUUUCCCACUUCACAUGCCAUCCACUCCCCCAAACUACAGUGAUAGUAAGGUGUGGGGGGUUGAGAAACAUGUAUGCCACCACUCGGACUUGGAGAACUUGACGCCAUUCUGGGUAACAUUUGAGGCGGUAACAUUUGGGAUGGGGGAGUGGGACAGGACAAGGGAGUAGGGGUUGUCCACAUUCCUAGGCAGCAAACAAUCUUAACUGGCUCAAUUCACUGACAUAGAACCAUGUGCUCCAAACAUAUCUCAAACUCCCUGGUUGAGUUAUGCAUCACUUGCAUGGUAAAAAUGGUCUUCUUGGACAGUCAUUAUAUGAAGGCCAAAAUCAGGAGUGGACUAAAGAACACUUUGUUUCAUUCCCUUUAUGGAUACCUACAGGAAACACAGUUACAGAAAUACAGUUUCUUUUGUUAAAGCCUUUUGAUACCUCUGCUGCUUGUGUCAAAGAAAAGACUAUUUAUUGUUCUAAUUUAUUAAUUUUUACAACAGAGUAGGUAACUAUAUAUGUACAUUUGUAAGUUACUUAGUGUAGAGCAGGUUUUGUAUCUGUGACAAUGCAAUUGCAGCACAAAAUUAAUUUGUUGGGAAGAGAAAUGGUAAAACAAUAAAGAACAAUUACUAAACAAAUCCUAACCGAGUACUCUUUUGUCCUGAAUGACUCAUUGGUCCUUACUGUUUCAGAAAGUUUACACACCUUGUUAUUCUAAAAUGUCACACUGAUGUUGAUGUACUUAACUGUACAUGAUCUAUUUUUCACAUCACAACUAUGAAUCAAAUCAUAUUGGUCUAUCAACCUUUCUUUCCAUUAUUUCAAGAAGAAGCUGCAAGACCAAGGAUAUAAUGUAUUGCUGCUGACAUUCAGA